GAGGUUGAUUGAAGCGGAGGCGGAGUCCAUGAGGAGGACGAAGGAAAAGGUGCGGAGGUAGUAAGUUGCGUAGGAGGCGAGGAAGGAGGGGAGGGUGCGGAGGGUGAGGGGGUCGUGUUGUUGAUGGAGGGCGGAAGUUGAGGUUGGGGUUGGGAGAGAUUCGGGAAAGGCUGUGGAGUUCUUCAGGGGGUGGGUGGUUUCGGUGGUCGUGUGAACGUCGUCGUUUGCGUUGGAUGAGAGGGAGUGGGAGUGGGAGUGGGCGUUGGGAUAGGAGUUUGGAGGAGGGGCGUCGUCGCCGCCUGCGGUUGUCGGAUCUCCUCUUGCGGUGUUGUCUCUGCGCGACAUAGUAUGUGUGGUGGCGGUGGCGGGCAGGGAGAGGGAGUGCAGGGAGGGGAGGUCGCUCAGUGAGUGAAUGAGUGAAUGGGUGAGUGAGUGCGCUGUCCGUUGCCAAUGCCCGGUCGUUUGCUGGUUGGUCUGUUGGGGGGGAUGAGGAAGUUCCCAGCGCCAGUUGUGCGAGACGGAGACAGACAGUUGUUGGGGGAGGGAGCGACUGUCAGAAUCCAACUGGCAUGCGCAGAGGGAGCUACUAUAUCCACUCCCCCUUGCCCUUCAUCACACAAGGCAUAUGCUUGCUCCCUCACUUCAUAUUCAUGCUCCGUUCGCUUAUUCCGCCUCGUACCCAUGCGCACGGAUAGGACUGACUAUGCGUUUGGAAGCUACCUUGUUCGAAGUGAUGCGCGACUACGAUUUUGUCGAUGGUGCUUCUCAUCCCUGCGUCCAUGGCGGAGACUAUGCUGCGAUAUCGGCCUGCGUGAGACCUACGUAGUUUCCCUUUCCGUUCUUUCUUGCUUGUUGCGUUGCUUUCUUCGUUUCCCUUUCUUGCUUUGCUUUCCAAUAAAAAUGACUCGCUGCACUACGGGAGACUUGCACCAUCACACUUCUCGCAACCCCUUGCUCUCUUCUGUCAACCGCUUGUACAGUAUAUACAGGAAGCUUUCGCUCCCCCAAAAGGGAAUAUGGAGAAGAGGAGGGGAAGGGAAGAAAAGUGAAUAUCCUGUCAGUCGAUGAGUCGCGCGAUCCUGUCAAAAGAACACUCUUCUCCCGCGUCUCCCCCCCUUGCGACUCGGCCUACAGCACUCCUACUGAGGCCAACGUCUCAUUUAAGUGGAGUCACUCCAAAUCGUGGGAACCCGGUCAUAUCCGUCACAUGCGUCAGC